ACCUGGCUCUGUCUACGAGAGACUAUGGAUUGCUUUGAUAAAAUAUGACGUAAUCCCUUCGUUCGCAGAAAUCACGUGACCUGGACGGUUAAACUCGAACCAUAAACAAAACUCUGGAUUACAUCAUUCAAUUCGGAUGCUUGCAGAAGCGACAUCGAUAUGAGGAACCGUUCUUUCUUUUGGGGGGUUUUAUUGCUCAUAGAGGGUACUUUUGGUGUGGAGAAAUAUGACGUGACGAUGACAGUGAUGGAGGGAGAUUCUGUCACUCUAAACCCUGGUGAAACUAAAAUACCAGAAGAUGAUACAAUUCAGUGGUGGUUUGGUAAUAAAAUCAUAGCUCGUAUGAAUAAAGGAGCUAAUAUCAUCUCUACAUCUGAGGGUGAUUAUGCAGGAUUCAAAGACAGACUGAAGCUGAAUGAUCAGACUGGAUCUCUGACCAUCACAGACACCAGAACCACAGACUCUGGCAAUUAUAAACUAAUAAUUAAGAGCACAGCUGAGACAUUCGAGAUAUUCAAAGUUACUGUCCGUGGUGUGGUGAAAUAUGUGACAAUAAUGACAGUGAUGGAGGGAGAUUCUGUCACUCUAAACCCUGGUGAUACUAAAAUACCUGAAGAUGAUACAAUUCAAUGGUUGUAUGGUAAUAAAAUCAUAGCUUAUAUGAAUAAAGGAGCUAAUAUCAUCUCUACAUCUGAGGGUGAUUAUGCAGGAUUCAAAGACAGACUGAAGCUGAAUGAUCAGACUGGAUCUCUGACCAUCACAGACACCAGAACCACAGACUCUGGAGAAUAUAAACUACUAAUUAAGAGCACAAUUGAGACAUACGUGACAUUCAAAGUUACUGUCCGUGAACAGGAUACGACUGACCGAAAAACACUGAUUGGGAUUAUUGUUGUUCUGGUGUUGCUGCUGCUGGUGGGAGCUAUUGCAGGAUUUGUGAUUUACAGGAAGAAGGGUACACAACCAGGGUCAUAUCGUGCUACUGCUGGUGAACAGAAUGGAUCGGCAAAAGAAUCGGGUGAAACAGAAGUCUUAUAACAGUUUAUAUUUAGCUCAGUAAUACAAACAAGAAGAAUGUUUAAGAUCCACUCAUGUGUGCUUCUGAAAUGUGAAACUAGUAACUAAAGGCUUUCAUUUGAUUUAUCAGAAAUAGUCAAAUGUGCCUGUAUAUUUUGAGUUCACACCAUUUGCACUGAUGUUGAUAAUAUUGUGUUCUUGUAUUAAGAGGCAGUUUGACUGAUGUUCUUCUGUAAAUAAUCUUAAUGUGGAAAGGUUUUGAUACUCAUGCACUGUUAUGUUACACUCUGUAUCCUGGUAAGGUAUGAUUGUGAUAGCUUGAAUAUGGUUUGGAUUUAGAGUGACUCUGUUUCCAUGAGGAUUGCUACAUUUAGCUCAAUGUAAACUUUGUGUCACUCUGAUACUGAUGCUGUUACUUACUGAAUAUUACAUUCAUUCAGCUGUUGCAUUUUUAUUUUGCAUUUUGCAUGUGGAUGGGUAUUGAGAAAAUAAAAACUUGUUU